AUGCCCUAUGUUGGCGAUGAUGUUCAUCGUGCGACAACAAAACGCAAAUGGGAUCACGACGGCAGUGAAGCUCUCCGAUUCUCGCAUCCCGGCUCCAACGCCGCCGUCUUUCACGUUUUGAACCAACAGACAGGGCUGGAAAGCGCCGCGGACGGCAUAUCCGCGCGCAAGACGCUGCCUCCGACGAAACGACUCCGAGCGAUUCACGACGAUAACGACACCACUACGCACUCUUCACAUUGGCGAAACGCCUCCCCUCGCGAGCUGCUGGUAACGACAUCACAAGGCGCUCAUGAUGCCUGUAAAGGGCCUGUAAAGAUCGGCGGCAUGACCAUUAUGCCUUGCCACGUUUGCCACCGCCGACCGACCAAGAAAUCCGACCUCGACUCCUUCGCCAGAUGUCAAUCGUGCCAGGAACAAACUUGCUUCAUUUGCAUUCGCGAAUGCCGAAGACAAAAGGACCCUCAUACGCCUCCAUUUGGAAAAGAAGAUGAAGAAUAUGUUGAGCAAUCUUUUAAUAUGAACGACGCGGACGAAUGCGACAUGUCUCCAGUUACGAACAUCCACGCGCCACAACACGAUGAUAAUGAACGACGGGACACAUUCAACAAAGGUUCUGCCAAUAGCAGCGCUCAUCACGCCAUGAUAUGUAGCCGCUGCUGUGUUGAAGAAGGCGCCGAAGGCGAAGUCGUCUGCCUGGGCUGUCUAUCCAACAUGGACACGGCAUAA